AUGAUUUAUAAUUUUUUAAAGAAAAUUUGUAUAAAUAUAUCGCCGGUAUCGCAAACUGCAAAUGAGCCAAAUGGUUCUGUUACUUCCCCUGCUACUAGCAGCGGCAAUUCGUCGAAUGGCGCGCCACCGCUGCGUUCACAAACGAAUGACUCGAAUAAAAUUAAUAUUCAGAUUGGAUUGCAGUGUGUUAGUCAGAAUUCGCCACUGAAUUUCAAUUCGAUGAACGAGAUUAACGCUUCUUUGGCUAAGGAGAAUCUAUUGAAUUUUUGUGGCGCUGGUACGGACAAGGAGAGCAAAGAAACUUCAUCACGGCGCAGUUCGCCGAUUUUAUUAAGUUCAGAUGAUCUCAACAGCACCUCUAGCGUGUGUCCGAAUAAUGCUCUUGGUGGUGGCGCUGGUGGCGAUGCCACGAACUAUACUAACUCGCCUGGUAGUUCGGGUAGCUGCACCGUUACGCUUUCUCAAGCCAAAUUCAAUGAGCUCACUCGUCUUGCCUUACGCGGCAGCGAAAUAGCAGAGAAACUUGCCUACACACAUCGCAAUCGACCGUGUUUCAAAAAGAUCGAUAGUUUGUGUGCGCGAAUGAAACAGGAUCUCAUACGUCCAGAUGGCGUCUUACCCAAUAUCAAUUCGCAGGGAAUUGCUUGGGCUGUAAAGGAUUUUAUUUUCGUCUUCACACGUGUCAUCAAUGCAUGGAUUAUAAUAAAGGGUUACGUGUACAACACGCCAGAGGGCCUUAAUAAAGUAAAAGCUGCGCUCAGUCCCGACUUCGCUGCUAGUUUCGCCGCUUGGCAGGAUACCACAAUGGAUUUCGUUGAGAAUCUAAUCAAAUCAUUUGUAAAUUUGGACAAUUUGGUACAAUCACAGAAAAAUGUAUAUCAUAAUACGGAAAGCAAUGGCACGCGCGUGGCACUCAGCACCACAACCAUCAAGCUGCUACAACCAGUCAACUCACUAUUGGACGACUCUUUUGAUUUUCUCAAUACAUCCACUGAAAAAUCACAACAGAACGCGCUUAAUAAGAACUAUCUGUAUACAGUGGUUGAAGGCUCUGAAGGUAGUCAGCGUCAAGCCACUGUAAAUGGCACCUAUUUCAAAACGGGCACAUAUAAUCCCAUCAAAAAGGAUGCGUUGCUUGUGGAUCAAACGAAUAGCACUACCGCAGCAGCCGUUGCAACAACAGCCGCAACAAGUACGGCAACACAACAAUUGCUGGCAGCCAAUAAUAAUCCGCUUGAGCAGUUUUUCGAUGAACAAAUAUCAGAUUUUUGGCCAGCAGUACCUGCCGCUGAUGUGGAUACAGCAACUGCAGUUGAGUACUUGAAGAUAAAAGAGAAAAUGCCGCCGAAUUGGUUAAGCUAUGACAUACGCGUAUUGGAGCAGAAUCUUACAGAAUUUGCAAAUGACUACGAUCCCACAGCAUCGCCACGUCCGCUGGGUAAAGAUCUGAUUGAUAAAUUAAAUGUUAUGAUUGAACGUCUCAUGGCUAUGAAGCAUGCAGAUUUAUUCUUUAAGUCGCAAUUUACCAAAAACUAUUUUCCUGAAUUUAUAUGUAAGCAUAAAAACGAUUUCAUGGAUGUAUGCUCUAUCAUACUCAAGUGCCAAGUGGGCGGCUACCAGCAUAUUUUCGAGGUUGUGCAUGAUGUCAAGAAAAUUGUACACACUGGCAAGGAGUAUUUAAAAUUCAAUGGAGACAGCAAAUUGCAAAAAUCCAUAAGUUCCUUCGAAUGCGAAUUUAAUAAAUUACUCAGUGAACCACCUUUUGAAAAUUAUCAGUUCGACCAUAUCACAGGCGAACCCAAAGAGAUACUCUACAAUUGUCGCAGCAAAUAAAAUUUCAAUAUUUUCACAUUUUACAUUUCAGUGCAACUCGAAAUUACCCAACAAGCAAAAUAAACUUAAAGAAAGUUUUUUUUAAGUUUUCAAUUAUAAACAUUAAGC